CGUAAAUAAAAUUGUAAGGCAAGACUAACCGAGUAUUUAUGUCAGCUGUGUUAGCGUUUAUCAAUUAGUUUUGCCUGUACUUCCGGUCAGCCAUAACACGCUGUAUUCGCAAGAUUGAGGCAACGUAAAGCGAACCUGAGUGAUAUUUACAAUUUAGAAACAGCUCGGGAGGAUCUGAAAGGAAGUUUUCCUGUUAACGAAAAGCUGAUUUCAAAGAAAGAUGUCUACACUGUUCUAUGUUUAUAUACUGUGAGAGAAAAAAAAAAAUUAAAUUUAAAUAUUGAAAAUGAAAAAUGGAGCUUCCUUGAGACCAAUUUCUCUUCCUUGGCAAAAAAAUAAAGAAAGGAUGAAUAUAUUAUAUCAUUGUGAUUGCUGAUGUGAAUCGAUGAGAAAAUAUAUCAAGAUGAUGGAGGACAUGAUAGAUACACGGGAGAGACCGUUUCACUGUGAUAUUUGUGAUAAAAGAUUUUUACGGAUAACUCAUUUGACUGAACAUAUACGGACUCACACGGGAGCAAAACCAUACAGCUGUGAGGUUUGUGGGAAAGGGUUUUUAUAUAUUUCACACUUAACCGAACAUAUUCGAACUCACACAGGAGAUAAAUCGUUCUCUUGUGAAAUUUGUGGGAAGGCUUUUGCAAGGAAAGAUUGUCUACGUAAUCACAAGGCAACUCACUCCAAUGAGAAACCACACCACUGUGAAAUUUGUGGUAAAGCAUUCACAAAGAAAUAUUACCUACGUAACCAUCAAGCAAUCCACAGUGUAGAAAAGACACACUAUUGUGAAAUCUGUGGUAAAGCAUUCACAUGUAGAGGCUACCUUUCAAAACAUAAACUGGUUCACACAGGACAGAGACCUUAUAAGUGUGACACAUGUGGUAAAGAAUUCUUACAAAACGCUAAUUUAAAAACCCAUAAAUUAACUCAUACAGGUGUAAAGCCCUAUCCCUGUGAAACCUGUACUAAAACGUUUUCAUCAAAAAGUGACUUAAAAAAGCAUGAAUUGGUUCAUACAGGAGAGAAACCAUUCCACUGUGAAAUCUGUGGAAAAGCAUUUUCAAUUAAAAGUAAUCUGAAGAAACAUAAAUUUAUUCAUAUUAAAGAAACUUUGGCACAGUAACGAUUGUGGAAAACUCACCAGUGUGAUAUAUGCUAUAACAGAUACCAUGUAAUGUGUUAUGUAGGAUAACAUACUGUAUAGUGUGUGUUAAGAGAGAAUAGACAGUAUAUAUUAUGCUAUAUAGUAUACUGUGUAGUUUGCUAUAUGAGCUGAUAGACACUAUAUAUUAUAUAACAAUUACUAUGUAGUGUGUUAUUAUGACAUCAUAUAUACUAUGUAGUGUGCUAUAUGAUAUAGAUACUACAUAGUAAGUUAUAUAGAAUGACAGAUACUAUACUGUAUGUUAUAUGAAAUAACAUAGAAUGUGUCAUGUGGGAUAACACACUAUGUAGUGUGCAUGGUGUGUUAUAUGGAAUAAUUGAGAUUAGACUGAAUAAGGUGGGGUUUUUUUUUUUGGUGGGGGUUUCUGAAUUUUGCCCAAAAUGUUAAAACAGCAAAGUGUAAAAGAAUUACUUUUAACAACUCAGGACCUUGAUAGCCAAUGUUUGGUUGACUGAAAAUGGAAAAUAUUGAAAUUAUAUUUCAAAUAGUUUUCUGUAAUAUUUUGUUUAGCAGGAAUAUUGUUGAAGAUCCAGGAUUCAGUUCAAAAUUCAUUUCAGAAGGGAAAUAGAAAAAUUGUUUCAGGUAGUUAUGAAUGAGACAAACGCGAAACUAAAUGUAACCUCCACACAUACUAGACGUUUUGUAAAGGAAGCGCCUGAAUAGAUUUGAUUUAUCAUUUGGUUGUGAAAUCCUAAAAUACAACUAGAACAGCCAUUACAAAGUAUUAAUCAUAGAUAUUGUUAAUAACUCUUAUUAUAUCUUAUGAAUUACAAAUGCAUUUCAGGAGUUAAAAUAACGCGUUACCAAAGUAGAUUUUACAAAAAAGAAUCUGACUCGCAUUCUGCUUUUUUUUCUUUUUUUUUUUUUUGUUGCUCUUAGCAGACUGUGUCUGCUAAAAUUUGGAUUCAUUUACUCAAAUUUACAACUGUUUUGAAAUGCAAUUUUAGGGAGAUUUUUUUGUCCUUGAAAUUUUAAUCAAAGUGUUGUUCCACAGACAAAUGCAGCAUGGAAGACUCAUAUUAGCCAUUCACAAAACACACAAAAUCUAUUAACUUCACUUAGACAUUUAUUAUUUAGUGUCAAAAUUGUCACUAUGUGUUUUUGGAUGGUCAGUAUGUGCCUUUGACACUAUAAUUGCUUUGGUUUCAACACAGUCUCAGAUCAAAUCACUUGCCGAACAAAUUCAUCCCCAAGAUUAUUUUAAAGAAGUUUUGAUCAACUCAUCAUCAUCAU